CCGCCGAUUGACAGCUUCUCAGUAGCUGAGAGAGAUAAAUUGAAAAUUAUGAAUUUAGAACAUUUCUAAAACAAAGUGUUUCAAUGACCGCUGGAAAAGAAACAAUGGGGGAGCAGCCAAUCUUCACGUGCAAGGCGCAUGUGUUCCACAUAGACCCAAAGACCAAGCGCUCUUGGAUGUCGGCAAGCUCAGCUGCUGUUUCGGUUUCAUUCUUCUAUGAUUCCUCUAGGAACUUGUAUAGGAUUAUCAGUGUAGAAGGAACAAAGGCAGUGAUCAACAGUACUAUUACAGCGAACAUGACAUUUACCAAGACAUCACAGAAAUUCGGUCAAUGGAGUGACGUUCGCGCGAAUACUGUUUAUGGCUUAGGGUUUUCGUCUGAAGCGGAGUUGGGAAAGUUUAUUGAGAAAUUCCAAGAAGUGAAAGAAGCGAUUCAAGCGCAACAAUGCGGUGGUCAGCCUAAGACAACAAAUGGAUCAGGUGCGGCGACACCCGUAGCCUCGGCGACUGCCAGUCCCUUACUUGCCGCUAGAGCCCCUACUGACGAACCGCCCGCUGUGCCGCCGGCUCAGCCAAAACCAGAAAAUGAUGAAAUGAUGGUACACCAGCGAGCGCAUUCUGUUUCGUCUUCCAUUCAGGCUGGAGGUGGAUACGCGACGGUGGGACGUGCGGGUCGAGGUCCGUUGGCCUCUUCGGGCACCGCCGCGGAGCCUGCGCCCCCCGACACUGCGGACCAGCUUCGCUAUGAGAACGAUAAGCUCCGACUUGCGCUUGCGCAGAGUUCCGGAAAUGCAAAGAAGUGGGAAAUUGAACUGGCAACCCUGAAAAGCAACAACUUGAGGCUGACUGCCGCGUUACAGGAGAGCACGGCGAAUGUUGACGAAUGGAAGCGACAACUCCACCAAUAUCGGGAGGAAGUGGCUAGAGCGAGACAGUAUGCUGGAAAAGGUGGUGAUGCGAAUGAAGUCGAGCAGAUGCGACAGCGCAUCGCCCAGUUAGAAGCGGAGUUGGCACAGAAGAAUGAAGAAUUGGCACAAACCAUGAAAUCUAAGAAAAGUGAACAGGAUGCAGAAGCAAAAAUGGCACACAGCCAACUGGAGUUAGCUCUGGCUGCAAAGGACGGACAAAGGCAGGUCGUCCAAGAGCUGAACAAUCGGCUUUCGCGCCAAAUUGAGGAAUUGUCAACGAUCCACCGCGAAAUAAACACGGCGCUACAAACAUGAGACGCUGGCCCGGCGGGCGGUGGCCCGCUGUACGCGGCCGUGCGCAAGCGCACUCUGCCACUGCUGCUGCGCGACCCCGAGCCAGCCUACGUGUCGCUGCCGCGGCACAACUGAACUGAACUAUCGGUAUUUCGCCUGCAGGACUUCUUUUAGGUCUUCAGUUCAACAGUUUAUUGGUAUUUAAUUUUGUUUAAGUAUUCAUAUAUUUGUGUUUCUCAAGUAUCUUAGUUCAGUUUUAUAUGUUAAGUAUUUUUAGAGUUUUGCAAGUAACCACGAACCAUGUCCAAACCAUGAAAAAUAUUGGAUCAGUUUGCUAUAACAAGAUAUGAAAAAUUGUUUCACUGUUAACAUUAACGGUCGAGGUUGUGUUAAAUGCAACUGAGUGUUCAAUUAACAUAUUGAAUAAAACUGAUAUUUUCUUGCAAUUUGGGUUAGAACGUUUCGUUAUUUUAUUCCAAAGAUUAUUUCAGAAAGUAAAUUAAUUUUCUUUUACGGUUUUACAAUGUUUUAUGUAACAUAAGUGUAGUACACUCAUGCAUUUAUAGUAUCAUUGAUUAUACAAAAAGUAAAGUUCGAUGUAUUCUGCUAUUUGGCAGAUGUUUUGAUAAGAUUAGCGUUUGAUAUGAACAUUUUUAAUAUUUAUAAUUUUCUUCGAUAUUGUCAUGUGUGUUUUAAAUUAUUAAUCAUAUUUAAUAUUAAACUUAGUUCUUUGGUAGCUCGAAUAUUUUUCCACUCCUUUAAUGUUCCUGGUAAUUAUAGAAAAUUCUUUUCUUGAAAUAAAUUAGUGAACUAGGUUUAUAUCAUCCCACCUAUGUUUGUAAAUAAUUAAUUGUAGAAUAAGUGUUUUUGAGUCCUGCAUAGCGGAAUAUCGAUUCUACAUUUUAUCUAGAAAUCCCUUAGUAUGUACGGUCGGCAAAAAUUCUAACAAGUACUAUCCAUGGUACAAGCUAGGUUCGUAUAAUAUUUUUACAGUUUACAAUUUAGUUUGAAUAUAUGUUUACAUCCUAUUGUAGUGACUUCUCAAUUUGUCAAAUUUAUGUGCUAUAUAUUGUUAAGUAUUUAAUACAAGUUUAAGGUCUGUUUAGUGUGAAUUUUAAAGAACGUUUAGCACACGUCAUAGAAACGCAAUAACAAAAGUAAAAGGCUGAUAUAUUCUUGCCUGAUUAGAAAAAAAAAAAUUAUGGCAAAGGUCCCACUAUGAAUUUUUUGCGCUGUUUAAAGACGUAAACCCUUGAACGUUUUAAGAAAUUAAGAAAUUUUGCCGACCGUACUUUAAUCCUUAUUCCUGUAAUUGUCGUUAUAUUGCGAUUGAAUUAAUAUUAAACGUGUCCUUCUCCUUCAAUGUCAGUCCUACAAUCGUAUAGCAUAGGACAAUAUGAUGAAAAUAAUCUUUAACUAAUUUACUUAGGAUGUCUUUUGAUACUUCGGUUUCUUAAAGGCCGAUGUCACUGAUUAUUUGUUAGGGUCGUGUUCUAAUUGGGUCAAUACCCGUUGUUAAGUGUAUAUAAUCGUAGUUUGAACUAAAUGGGACUUUGCUAUUUAACUUUGAUCUGUUAAGCAUUUAUUUUUUCUCUUGAUAUUCUAUUGAUAUAUCUGUUGCUAUAGUGUACGCGGUGAGUUGAGAUCUUUACUUCAAAUACGAAGAAUUAUUACGGAAACGUCCGAUUUCGUAGGAAGUUGUGCAAUACUAUGAAUUAGGUAAAGCGUUAUAUUUCAAUAAAUGAAAAUGAAUCGAAUAAAUUUCUACAUACAUUUGGUAAGAAUUGGGACAAAAUAGAUAAGAAUUUUAAGGGGGUUCUUAGUAAGGAUCUCAAUUUAGCAUAAUCCUCGAAAUAUCGUUUUAGUGAUUUUAGCGACUUACGUAUGGGGUCUCUUCAAAUGUUAUGGUGUUCAUGAUAUGAUCUCGUGCCAUCAUUACAUGUUUGUAGGGGCUAUUAAAAGUAUUAAUUCGUAAAGAACACACAGCGCGUACGCACACGUAUACGCGUAGACGUGCACGUCUUAGCGUAAAGGUGCGUACAGACUAUAUAACAUGUUAUACAACAUUACAAUACAACAUGUUUCCGAUAAUGUGGACACUGAAUGUUAUAAAACAUGUUAUAAUAACAUGUUAUUGAUAUGUACCACAAUGUUAUAUUGUUAUGUUAUUGAAAUGAACGCAGCAUCUACGUUUUUUGUUUUUCUUUUGUUAUUUAAAAUUACAACAGUCGCUGCUGCAGCCAGCAAAACGUCCUCUCGUGUCGGAGAACAACAAACGACAAUGGUUAUAUAACAUUGUUAUAUUGCAUUGUUAUUGUAAUGUGUACAGUAUUGUUUUAUGUUAUAAUGUUAAAUAACAAGGUUACAUAAUGUGGACGUAUUAUAAAACACAAGUUAUAUACAUAAUAUGUUACAUAGUCUGUACGCACCUUUAUAUUGUAUAGUAUAGUAUGGCAACUUUUAUUUUUCAGUAUUUAGAUGUUGUUUAAUAAAUUUGUAAAUAUUAUGUACUAAUUAUUGGUCUGCAACUUUGUAUGAAUCUGUUGAGACCCCAAAUUACCAUUUCCUAGUCGUAAGUUAAAUGUCAUCUGUAUCCGUC